CACCAUCUCUCAUUGUGACCAGCCUCUUGAAGAAUAUUGAAAGACGGUUCAGCCUUGGGAAAAUAAGCCAUGGACCCCAACGAAUUCGGCACCUCCACCGUUCCGCUCCAACACGCGCCAUACGGCCCAAUCACUGAAGAAAACCUCAAAGGAGCCAACAAAGGAAAAGUAGCAGUAGUAACCGGAGCAGCACAAGGCAUCGGCGCCGGCAUCGCGGAAUCGCUUGCCAAAUCCGGGGCCAAUGUCGCGAUUCUAGACUUGAGCGUGGAGAAGCAGGCGAAGACGAAGGAAGCAUGUGAAGCGCAAGGCGUCAAGGUGGGAGUAUAUGCCUGCGAUGUCACGGAUCAAGAGAAGGUGGUAGCGACCAUUGACAAGAUUGAGCAAGAGCUAGGACCGAUCGACAUUCUCGUCAACAACGCGGGGAUACUCGAUCAACGGCCGCUCAUCAUGUCCACAUUCGACUCAUUCUGGAAGCAGAUCGAGGUCAACUUCAAAGGCCCCCUGUUAACAAUUCACACCAUGCUCCCGAGAUUCCGCGACAGGGGCGCCGGCUGCAUUAUCAACAUCGCCUCGCGCAGCGCGACCGUAGACGUUCCAAUGACACUGGGCUACGUGACGAGCAAAGCGGCGCUGACGCGGGCAACGCACACGCUGCAGCGAGAGAUGGCACUCGACGGGCUUGAUCCGGCGAUUUGCCUGUAUGCGCUACAUCCAGGUGGCGUGUUGACGGGUAUGGGAGGAACUGGAGCGGGGCAAGAUGUACUGGAUAAAUACGGCGAUGUGAGGGAUGAGAAGUUCUUCAUGGACUUGUUUAAGGAUCCACCGGCGCUGUGUGGGCAGACGUGCGCGUGGCUUGCUUCGGGUCAGGGAAAGGAACUGCGAGGCCUUUUUAUCGAUUGCCGACAGGAUGUAACGAGGCUGCUUGAAAAGGGACGGGACGCUCUGCUAAAAGAGAAGCGGAAUGUUCUGACUGUGAACUUCCUCGACGGUUACGCUAACGAGCCAUAACACCGCCAUAUUUCUAUUCAUAUUCAUCUGCACUAGCCUCGUUCGGCACACGUCUUGCUUUGCAUUGCUCCUUUUCCAAGACGCAUUCCUGAGCUUCCCUAAACCGUCUCCUUCGUCUCAAUGAGCUCGCUCUUCACACUUCCAGCCUUCUCGUCAAACUUGCCUUCAGCCUCUGCCUUCGCAAUCCGCUCAUCAGCUUCGAUAUACUCCGUGGGGCGAUGUAGCUGCACAGCAACCUUGUUGCGAUGAAUGAACAAACCGGGCCCCGUCUCGAAAAAGCGAUCGAUGUCUUCCAGGGUC